AUGUCUCUGUCUCCCCAGUUCAUGGAAGGCCUUUGGGUGCGGAAGUCAUUCUCCGCAGCUGGCCAUACGUUACUAGUCUAUGACUAUCUUCUAACUUUCAGAGAAGAAUUCGUCUACAUCUGGGACUCCCCCUGGACGGUUGUCAAAAUCUUGUUUCUUUUCAACCGGUAUGGAAACCUCAUUGGACAGACUGCCAUCUGGCUGGAAGAAGCUGGUCUCCUUGCACAUAAUUCUCAAGAGUUCUGUCAAGGCUUCUCAAUUUUCACUACUUGCUUUAUGUUUAUAUCCACCGAGUCGGUCCACAUCCUCGUGCUCGUGCGUGCAUGGGCUAUCUGGGGAACUCGAAGAGGUGUGAUGAAUAUCCUCGCCUGGAGCUACGUGGGCUACAUCGUUAUGCUCUUGGUUGGCGCAACGUUCCAUUUACAUGCCUAUCAUCUUCACUUCGAGUUCCUCCAAGCGAUUCAUGUUUGCGUGACGAAAAUGCCUAUCUGCUACUUCACAGAAUAUGUGGAUGUUCUGUUCUGCGUGCUCACGCUUGCUGAAGAACAUCCCCCAAGCUUUAUUCUCGACACAGUACUUUUCGUCUUGACGAUGCGAAGUCUCAGGAAAUACUCAAGGGAAUUUCAGCAACUCUACCCGUCUAGUCUUCUCCAUGUACUCUUUCGAGACGCUACCUUAUUUUUCAUCGGCUGCAUUUGGGAACGUCAGAAUUCAUUAUAUUUUCUUGGUAAAGGGUUUGCGACUCCGUUACUUUCAGUAGCUGGUCAGCGCCUAGUCCUGAACCUUCGAGGUCUUCAAACGCGAUCCUACGCAACCCGCGAUCUCAGCCGUGAAAUGGACAGGCAGCUUCAAGCAUUUGCUGAGGCGGGCCUGGAUGAUGUGGAAGAGUUGGAAGGUGUGCAGGAACAGGGUGUUGUUCAGUGUCAAGAUGCUUAGAAAUCCAGUGAACGUGCAAAGUUAUGCUUGCUUUUGUUUCUCGAAUUUUCUUUGCGUUUUCUUUGUGUUUCCUUUGCUCCUUGUAAAUCUUGGUAUAUAUCCAGUAUCAGGUGUAUCCUUGACUAUCUCCGACUGUAUGUACUAAUGGGUAGCUAGCCUGCCUUGUAAUCCUUCUGCAGUUCUGCUAUCUUCUGUUUUAUCGUCGUCGUUCCAGUCUUGUGUAACCUUAUGACCGAUUCCACCACCUCAGAACCUCAUGAAUAUAUCCUGAUUGGCAAACCUAUAUAUAUGUAGUGAUGCCAGACUUGAAAUGAAAUUGAAUACAUGCAUGUUUAAAU